AUGUCAAAAUCUUCAGCUACUAUCAAUAGAAAAUUUGAUCCAUGUUUGCUAGGAUCUAAACCAGACUUUACAGUAAUGACAACUAAGCCGGGUAAUUACAUUGAGUUACUCUUAGGAGGAAUCAAACCUCAAAAAGUCAAAAAAAAAACUGAAGUAAGUGUAUUGCCUGAAAAGGUUUCACCAGAAAUCCAGGUAAAUACAUCUAACAAAGCCUGUCCUCCAAUUUCUAUUUUACCCAACUGCGUACUAUUUUCUGAUAAUGACGUUGAUGCAGGAUAUUACUAUGAUUUAAGUAGCGGGAAGAAUAUUUGUAAAAAAUCAUCCCUAGAACAUUUACAUGGUCCCGAUUAG